GACAUGCUGCCCAAAGUCGAGACGGACUCGCUGCUGCUCUCUCGAUCGUAUGGGGACCAGGGACACAUGCCAAGGAACUUGCACGCCCCUCAAAUCAAAAUGAUGGACUACUCCUAUGACGAAGACCUGGACGAGAUGUGUCCCGUGUGCGGGGACAAGGUGUCGGGCUACCACUACGGACUCCUCACCUGCGAGAGCUGCAAGGGCUUCUUCAAGCGCACGGUGCAGAACAACAAGCGCUACACAUGUAUCGAGAACCAGAGUUGCCAGAUUGACAAGACCCAGAGGAAGCGCUGCCCAUACUGCCGCUUUCAAAAGUGCCUCACUGUGGGCAUGAAGCUGGAAGCCGUGAGAGCGGAUCGCAUGCGAGGAGGACGCAACAAGUUUGGCCCGAUGUACAAACGCGACCGGGCCCUAAAGCAACAGAAGAAGGCGCUGAUUCGGGCGAACGGACUGAAAAUCGAGGCCAUGACUCAGGUGAUGCAGGCCGUGCCCACCGACCUCACCAUCUCAUCAGCCAUCCAGAACAUCCACUCGGCCGCCUCCAAGGGCCUUCCGCUGAGCCACCACGCCGGCCACCACGCCAGUCACCACCAUCACCACCACCAUCAUGCCACCGCCUUACCCCCCACAGACUACGACCGCAGCCCGUUCGUGACUUCGCCUGUCAGCAUGGCAAUGCCGCCGCAUGCAGGCAGCUUGCAGGGCUAUCAAACGGCCUACGGACACUUCCAAGGCACGCGUACCAUCAAGUCCGAGUACCCAGACCCGUAUACCAGCUCCCCGGAGUCCAUCAUGGGCUACGCCUACGCCGAUGCCUACCAGUCGGGCUCACCGCCCAGUUUCCCCCACCUGAUCGUAGAGCUGCUCAAGUGCGAACCGGACGAGCCGCAGAUUCAAGCAAAGAUCCUGGCCUACCUGCAGCAGGAGCAGGCCAGCCGAGGCAAGCACGAGAAGCUCAACACCUUCGGACUCAUGUGCAAGAUGGCUGACCAGACACUCUUCUCCAUCGUGGAGUGGGCUCGCAGCAGCAUCUUCUUCCGUGAACUCAAGGUCGACGACCAGAUGAAACUUCUACAGAACUGCUGGAGCGAACUCCUGAUCCUGGACCACGUCUUCAGGCAGGUGCUGCACGCCAAGGAGGGCUCCAUUUUAUUGGUCACUGGCCAACAGGUAGACUUUGCAGUGAUUGCGUCACAGGCGGGGGCCACCCUCAACAAUCUGCUGAGCCACGCCCAGGAGCUGGUGGCCAAACUACGAUCUCUGCAAAUGGACCAACGGGAGUUUGUCUGCCUGAAGUUCCUGGUCCUCUUCAGCCUUGAUGUGAAGAACCUGGAGAACUUCCACCUGGUGGAGAGCGUCCAGGAGCAGGUGAACGCGGCACUGUUGGACUACGUCAUGUGCAACUACCCGCAGCAAACGGACAAGUUCGGUCAGCUGCUCCUGCGGCUGCCGGAGAUACGAGCCAUCAGCCUGCAGGCCGAAGAAUACCUUUACUACAAACACCUGAACGGCGACGUGCCCUGCAACAACCUGCUCAUCGAAAUGCUCCACGCCAAGAGAGCUUAGGAGGGGAGCGCUCCCGCUUUUUUCCACAUUUGUCCGUGCGCAGCCAGACUGACUAACUACGUGAGAAGGAAGCGGAGGAAAUGGAAAAGAGGAAAGACCCGGAAGCAAAGCAAGACGUUUGUACAGAUGUUGACUGUGUCGGCUGGACUCUCCUCAUUGGUCGGUACUGUACAGACGCCGCCGCAGGCGCCAUCGCUCUCUCUCACCUGCAGGCAGCGGCAGCUUGACCAAAAGUGGGAGAACCCACCCAUCAAGGAGGAAAGAAAGAAGGGAUGAACUUCUACUUCAUUGAACAAAAUAGUUCAGUAAGAAAAAAGAAGACAUAAUCCGUACCUCAGACGGUCCGGUUCACUUCAUAUUAGGAAUAUUUCAUACAUAUAUACAUUUCUCCUGCAAAAAACUCCCUCGUAUGAUUUGAACCCCCUCAAAACCUUGAUGUUGGACGUGGACUUGGCCCGCCUUUGUCCGGAUAGACCAAAGCCUGCCGCACAACAGAAGAAGGGAAUCACAGACAAAGCCCUCCAAUCAGUAUUAUUUUGAAAAAAGUCGGAAAAAAAUAUUGUGAUGUCACAGUUACGUGAGUCUUGCCUUAUUUCAUGACCAUGCUAGCUAACCGUGCAGAUGUGAAAGAAAAGAUGUACAAAUAUAUAUAGAAAAUCAAGUAUUCAUGUUGUAUGAAGGAGGCGUUUACGUUCAUGCGCUCGGUGGGAGACGAGCGUGCCGAUGAUGCAACGACUCCUGAGAAGAUGACAUCCACGACUCUAUCCGCCUUGAUCGCCUGUACAGUGUUUGACUUUCAUUUGACUUUCAAGCAGUACUUCAAUGAUGUCGGGAGACACGACAAUCCUGAAGGAAUCACACAUGUUCAUUUCCAUGCGCUGGCAUUCAUACAGUACUACAGUAUGAGGUGGAAGUAUUGCUGUUAGGCUUCACUUUCUUUGUAUCGUCCAUAUCCUUUACCUCUUUGAUGUACAGAAUGUUACGCUUAAUAAUGAAAAUAAUUUAUUGCUUUCCAUCUUUGUGUUACAUGACGUGAGGUUUUGGGCGCCACAAUAAAUUUGUCUACUGUAGAAUCCUCGGCUUUUCUUU